UAUCAUUCACAAAGAAAAAUACUUUGGGCUGGGGAAAUUGUUGCUGCGAUAAUGAUUUUUUGAUAAACCCUACUGUAAUUAGCUAGACACAACCAAUUUAUCAGUGAAAAUGGUUACUAUAAUAAAAAACCAAUUACUAAAACACCUGUCAAGGUUUACAAAAAAUCUGUCACCGGAGCAGAUCUCACUGUCAGCAUUGCGGGGUUCCGGUGAACUGCAGGACUUGACGCUGGAUGAGGCAUUACUGACCGAGCUGCUGGAACUGCCGGGGUGGGUGCGCCUCACCUCUGCCAAGUGCAACCGAGCCGCCUUCCGGAUACAAUGGACCAAGCUGAAGACCGUGCCUAUUGUCUUGAACCUGGACGAGGUGCACAUAGCGCUGGAGGUGUGCCAGGAGCCGCGGCCCGUGAACCCCACCGCCGCAAGCGCCAUGCCCAUCCCGGGCAAGUACAGCUACAUACACAAGGUGAUAGAUGGAAUCUCAGUGGCUGUGAACCAAGUGCAAAUAGACUUCAGUUGUGAUGCUUUCACCAGCAGUGUUCAGAUCUCACGAGUGACUGUGGAGUCCCGGACCCCUGAGGGUCGAAAGGGAGACCUAAGACUGACUAGGAUCAAAUCGCCCGAUACAGGACAACUUUUGAUAUUUAAGGAAUUGGAAUGGCAAAGCGCGCGGAUAGAAGCGAAGGCGCACUCUGCCGCGGCGGCGAACCUGCAACCUUUGCGGCUGUUACUCGGCAACACACACUGCCGCAUCGUCAUCAAGAAGCGAUUGUCAGACUGCGCCGUGAUAGGGUCUCGGCUGGCGAUCCGUCCGGAGCCGCUGGCGUGGGCGCUAACGGACGGACAGCUGCGCGCCGCGUUAGCCUGCGCCGCCGCGCUAGCAGAGCCUGUAAGGAAGGCCACCGCCGCCGCCACCAGGGCCAAGGCUCUUAGGAAGAUAGAAGAGCCACGCGAACAAAUCCAAAGCAGAUCGUCCACAGGCGACCGGGACAUCCUGGCUCGCAUGUUCGCGAAGCACGACGUGCGCGAGACCUCGUACCAUCUGCUCGCGCCGCGCAUUGACCUGCAUCUCUGUGAUGACCCAGGAUUGGGCCGUUCAGAAAAGCCUUCACUGUCCAACGGCGGCGCGUUGCAAGUGACUCUAGUCGGCAUGCAAGCGGACUUGUUUCCCUACCACAAAGCUUCCGGGGAAAGACGACAUUGGAGAGGAUACAGAGAAGCAGCUACACCGCACAGUCAGUGGUUAUCGCAAGCUCUGUCUUCGUUCUGCGCGACGUUGCUCGAGACGUUGGAUCCUCGACCUCUUACUCCCAGCACUAGAGUUAAUGCUAGUCAACCCGAGCGGUCGGAAGAGGGCAUAUCCAACGGAGUGCCGCAUCGGCCCGCACACAGUGCUUCCAACGCUCCGUCCACUAAUAAUAUUACCUCACAAGCGUCUCCGACUAGGACGCGCAUUCUCCAACAACUGGGCAAACUGAUGACGACGUGUCUCGUGCUUAGGAUAGACGACUUCACUGUUUACAAGGUAUCGACGGGCAGUAAGAGCCGCGAGGCGCCGCGGCCGCUGGUGAGCGCGGAGAAGGCCACACUGCCGGGAGACGCGGGGUUGCUGCAUGCUGAACUCACCUUCUUCUACUACCCUGGAGACGUCUGCUUCCCUGUGCCCUCUCCAAAGCUGUACGUGCAGCUGUCCCCGGUGCGGGUGUCAGUGGACGUGGCCAGCGUGGUGUGGCUGGGGGCCUUCCUGCCGCACGUGGGCCGCGCCGCGCAACACGCCUCCGCCGCCGCGCAGGACCAGGAGGCCUACAUGGACGUCAGGGCUGAAGCCAUCAUGCCUAAGAUUGUUCUAGAAGCGGGACCUGAACAUAUAUCUCAGCAACGCGACCGACCAAAAGAGCUCCACAUAUGCACCGCACGCGCCACGAUCACCAACGUACGAGAAUCACCCAGAGCUAAUACAGCGGGCACGAGAGCGGACUUAGCCGCCAUAUUAUCAGCGUUGCGUCGAUCAGCGCCAUCUCGCGGACAGUUCCCAUGCACCGCCGACGAUCUGGACCCCAUACACGAGCAGUUUAUAUUGCAUGCUGACAACCUAGACGACAUCGACCGCGGCACGGCGGUGUCGGCGGAGAUGCUGUGGCGCGAGAGCCGGUCCAUCUGGUGCGCCCGCGUGGAGCCUCUGUGGGCGGACUUCUGCGGCGCGCGCGCCACCAACUACAAGCCCGCGCCGUUGCUCGACGCCACGCCGCUCACCGCCUGGAUGUGCUUCGAGGAGGGUUUUGACCGCAUAUGGGUGGUAUCCCGUACGUGCGGGCUGGCGGGACUGCAGUUGAACCACUACCAGCUGCUGUUCUUGUUGCGGCAGCUGGAGCGCAUCUCCGAGAUGGCGGCCUGGCUCGCGCACGACGCAGCCAGAUCGCCACAAGCUGACAAGGGGUCUAUAGUAGUUGGUGUGGUAGUGCCAGCAGUGGAGCUGACCUUAGUGCUACCUUCCAACUGUCCUGGACAGGAGUCAUCCAGAGACCUGGACAGCGUGCCGUUAGAUUCCUCCAGUCUACAGGACAUGAAAAUGGGAUCAGAAGCCACCAUGGCUCCGUCGACGUUAGAACGAGACAACACGUACGCGCUGCCGCCACAGCAAUCUAUUGAGAUCUGCUCGGCGCAGUCGCUACCAGCUGACGAGGUGGCGCCGCCCAGCCCUGGACUUGGCUUCGGAGGCUUCUCAUCCAUGCGUCGCGGCUUCAACUCGUUGGUAUCCAGCAUAGACGUGGCGCUGACACGUGACGACACGCGCAGCGACGCGGCGUCCACCGCCAGUUCUGACAGCGACCGCUAUGUGCUGGUGGGACUGGCCACCGAAUCCCCUGACGAUGCUGAUUCAGCUUUCAGAGAAUUUGAGCAUGGACGAAUAGGGGGCGCUAGUGGCGUGGAGGUAGCGGCUGAGGUGGUGGAGCGAUCGUCCUCUCCCAGCGACCAUUCGGUCACCAGCUCUUGUAGACGAAGAGAUGUGAUAUCAACAUGCACGUGGCGUCUUAACAACAUCCACCUAGUGCAUCAGAGCAUGGAAGGCAAGUCCUGUCUACGGUUCGCCGCGGACGACCUCACCACCGACGAGUGCUCUGCGAUACCCUGGGAUGAGUUCCAGAAUAAGUUCUCGAUGCGCGCACGCGCGUGGACCGAGCCUGUGGCGGACGAGAACGACGAGCUACGGCCGCGGGAAACGACCAAUGUGGCCGCCAGGAUGACGAGGAGUGAGCUGCCGAGACUCGUCAACGAACAGGGCGAGCCUACAGGUCUAGCGCCGUUCGAAGAACUAUUAGAAGCGAGAGUCAGAGACCUGAAGAUAGCCCUCAAUAUGAGCACCUCGCUCGCUCUCGCUGAAUUCAUAGAAGACGAGAUCAUUGCGCCGCCGAUGCCGUUAGAGGUCUUAAUCGAAAACGUAAAGCUGCACUUAAUAGAAGACCGUCCAACAAGAUCUAUUUCCUCCCCACCACCGCAGCCGUUAGACAUAGAUCUGACCACCCUCCGCUUAACCCGCGACUCGGGCGGCGUGGUCCGUUUAGGUCCUCCAGAGUCCACCCCAUCGACUAUAGCCUCACCAGCGACGCCCCAACCGCAGCCAGAGUUGGACGAGGCGAGGGAACGCAUAGAGCGGCUGAACAGGGAAAAUGAGGAGUUGAGGAAACGAUUGAUGACGCUCGCGAGAAUAGCUGAGGAUAACAGGGAGUUGAGAGCUAAGGUGGAAGAAGCAUCAGUACUGCGUCAAUGCGCCCACGCAGCUCAACAGGAGGCUGCGAGCUUGCUGCAAGACAAGCAGGAGCUGUUGGACGCUGUGCGCAUGCUUCAGGAGCAAAUAUCAGGUGGCUGUCGUGGGAAAAGAUAGCGGUCCCGAAGCGGUCAGCCGCAGAACUGCCUCGACUGUACGGCGUGCUGCGGUGACCACCACACGUAGACCUCUCGACACCGCCUCCUCGCAGGCCGGGAGAGACCAUGCUACGGUAGACGUUUAGAUAUAUGUGGCGGUUUGUUAUUGCUUAUUCGAAAGAAAUUCAAUUCAAUUCUUUAUUCAUAAUAAACAUUACACGUCAACAAAUAUUUCGAUGAGUAGGUACACAUUAUAACUAUAGAUUACUUUACAAUAUUACAUCACAAUAAAAUCAUAACAAUAUACAAAUUACAUCGCUAUAUUGUCGAAAUGAUCUUAGUUUAUGUGUGCAUGAGAAUGAAUGUGUUUGAGAAACGAUUUGUCGCUUUCGAAUAAGCAAUAAUUGGCUGUUGUAUAAGAAAAUCAUCGUUUAUGAUUUCAUAGGAGCGUGAGUUACAGAUAUUUAGAGAGAGAGAGAUAAAUAAAAAGAAAGAGAGACGAGAGUUCAAAGCGACAGUCGUUAAGUAUUAUUUCUGGCUGUUUUUCUGGUACUAUACAAUAUUUUUGCUUUUGAUAGAUGGAUAGAUAAACGAAAUAAUGAUUUCCUUUUGACAUUUUGACAAGAAUCGACCAGUAGGGCGAACAUGCGCAACGUGAUAAAAAAAAGACACGGACAUUUCAUCGAUCCUGACAAUAUAUAAUUCGUCGCUGACGUCGCAAACAGACAUCUGCAUUUUUUUGCUAAAAUAAUUUGUGUCUUAUUGAUAAUAGCAUAAGGUGCAAAUCAGAUCCGCCAAAAAUUUGAGAUACGUCAGUUUGCGACGUCAGCGACGAAUUAGGUCGUUUUGUCGAUUAAUGCUAAUAUGUGAACUCAAAUAAGUCAUGUCGUUCUGUCAAAAUACUAUCAGAACACGUGCCACGCAUGUUAGGGAAAAAACUAACUUAUCUAUUUUGACAAAAUUUGCAUCGAUCGAUAAUUUUAUCACGUUGCGUUGUUAGCUCUGCAAGUUAGAGAGACAUCACAAGAAUUAUUUAUGUAUCAAUAAUUCAUAAGUCGGGCCCAUGUUGUCAAGCAUUUUGUAAAUGAGCAAAGUUAACUGGCAACACAAGAUUUAUUACCAAAUAAACAUGCUGUAUUGCCAGAGUAAAAUUCGCGGGGAACUCAGAAAUACGUGUUAUUCCAAGAUGCAAUAUAAACCAGUUGUUAAACUAAUGGGGGAAUUUCCAGGCUACGUUCUCAAACACAAUAUAGAUGGCGUUAUUCAGAUUUAACGUUAUAAGUAGCUAUUUUCUCAUUGCUCGGGUAUAAAGACAGAGGGAUAAAAAUAAUUGUUGCUUGAUAUUUGAAUCAGAUGUGUAUAGAAUUAUAAUUGCUUCUCUUUAUUUUGAUCAGAAUAAUAAUGGAUGCAACACAUAUUAACGGGUUCUUACACAUACAUAACAUAAACAGCCUAUAUACGUCCCACUGCUGGGCACAGGCCUCCCCUCAAUCAACCGGAGGGGGUAUGUAUGGGGGGUAUUUUCAUUGUUUUAAGUUUACGCGGCUAUUAUCAUAAUUAAAACACAUAAUAACGGGUUCUUACCGCGUUUAAAGCAACAUUCCAACAUUCCGAUAUCAAAUACAUAAACAAGCGGCAAAUAAAGAGGGUAGACAGAUAUGUCUGCCCGUAGAAAAUUAUGGAUCUACCCACUCCACUCCAAUCUCAUCGGUCAUCCCGUGAUCAUGGCACUUGCAACAGUGUCGAAAUAUCGGGAGUCUCAUAUCCCCAUUUUAAACGCGGUAAGAACCCGUUAUUAUGUGUUUUAAUUAUGAUAAUAGCCGCGUAAACUUAAAACAAUGAAAAUGUAAAAAUAAAUAAGGUCAUCAUUUAUAUACAACAAAGAUAUCUUAAUGUCUGUUAUCCAUGAAAUUAGAAGGUUAAAUGAAGGCAAGUCUGUACAGCGCCAUGUAUGUUUGUUUUGAGGAACAUAUGUAUGGUUCUGACUAUACUCGUAGUGCAAUCAUACGAGUAAAAAAAAUCCUGAUUUAUUUGAUAUAGUCGUAAAACCCAGUAAUUACUAUAUUUAUUUCAACAGUCGAAAAUGAGACUCAUUUUUAUAACGUUUAAAAAGCAAUAUGUACAACCAAGUACUUAUUAAUUAAUGUGCAUUUAUUAUAAGUAUUUAUAGUUUAGUACAAGAAUAAAAUUAAAUUCCCGUCUUCUUUUAUAGUAGUAUAAAAUAUAUAAACGCAUAUCAAACGAAAGUUGUUGGUCGACGAAGCCUUGUGUGACAGAAAAUGUAUGUGAAUAGAUAUAGAAGAUCUUAUGUUCAAAUGUUUAACACCAAUAUAAUAUUUAAAUCUGUUACGUUAGAUAGGUUGUUUAGGUAGUAUUUUUCAAGAGAAAGUAUGUUUGAAAUGUACUAGGUGUUAGGUCGCGUUUUUAUAGCAAUCAGGGGUGUCCUGAAAUGAGCAGUCACUUUCGUCUGUUACUAGCUUUAGACUCAUGUGGAUUUCGUUGAGCAAAUAUUAAGGAGUGGAAUUCUCUGCCGUCUUCUGUAUUUCCGUUUGCAUAUAACCCGGGUUCUGGGCGAGCUCGUUCCAUCUUAGGCCUCGUCAAUGCCUUCGGGCAAGUCUGGGGCCAAGAGCCAUUCCGUCAAAGGUAAAAAAUAUAGUCUAUAACACUCAGGUAUGACCUCCAUGACUCUCCCCUCGGGUCCCCUCCGCCCAUGAGACGACAUUAUAGUCACUGAUAGUGUCUUCUACCUAUAUCGUAUAUAGGUACCUACAUCAUGUACGAGUAUAUUCGUAGAUUACGAACGACGGUGGUUCGCCAAGUACAAUCUAAUAAUAAUAUCAAACGUAUCUUUGUUGAUAUAGGAAAAAGAGAAAUGUUACAGACACCACAGGCUAUUUAGAAAAAGCUACCUGCCGGCUAAAGGCUGUGGCACACCAAAAGCAGAUAAGACGCAGCGCAGUUUGAGUGCGGGCGCAUGUUGUAACAGAAGAAACUAUGAAAUGACAUCACACUAUUAAAAGGGGCGCGGGCGCUGUUUCUGUAGUACACACUAAAAUUUGUUUUAUAUUAUGGCAACACCGCGUUUAAUCUUCCUUCUACCCUCUUAACAUCAUGGCGAUGGGGUGCUGCUUUUUUCACUUUUUGAUAAUUUAAAUUAUACCAUUUCUAAUUCCAUUUCUAAAAGUCAAGCAUGUGUUUUUGUUUAUAUUUAACACCCGAGACGCGACUGUUUGAGCGCAAUUCAGUGUGCGUUAUGGAUUUACACGAAAAAAGAAUCCUGGAAUUAUUAGUUCUUUCGUAAAAAUAAAUAUUACAGAAACACGCCGCUGUGGGAGAACAUUGCGCGUGAAUUAAAUAUGAUAACUUAACCCGCGUUGAAACUGCGCUCGCGCCUCUGACCUGCUUUUAGGGCUUAUUACACUACCUGUCCAUUGUUACUCGCCACCAAUUCCCGUUUGCCGAUCAGGUCGGGUAGUCUCAUAAUCGGCGGGGCGUAACCUUGGCAACCGCGAUCUCGAGCGAGCUGGUGGGGAGUAACCAUGGUAACCACUUGUGACCUUGACGCAUCUAGCCUGACGGACUGGUAGGUGUAAUAACCGCUUUUGCUGUGCCAAAGCCUUUAGUUCGGUCUUACCAUCUUCAUUUACUUAUAGUAUAGUAUACAGUUACACUGUUGUGCUAAGGGUGAUUAAUAACAAACAAAAACUUUGUUGAACAAGUGAGCAAUUGUGACUUAUAGAAGCAAUGUAUACUUGCUGCAUAUAUCUUGUAUUAAAUAUAUUAUAAUGUCAUAUAACUUAUUUCUGCGCAUCAUUUUGAUGGUAUUUGAGGAUUACUUUUGGCUCCAUCUGAAAAAAUGAGUUAAUGAACGUUACAUUUAUUUUUUGGGGAUUACAGUAAGGUGUAUUUUACAAGGCAGCAAUUUAAUUUUACCACAAUAGUGUAAGAAGUAACCUUCGAAAUGAUGCGCUGAAACUGUAUAGCUUUCAGUGUUGUAUCUACUAUAUAUAGUUAUACUAGUAUAUAAAAUUGAAUAUUGAUUAUUAAAUAACUAAUUAUUAUUUUCGUGCCAAUAAAGCGCAGACUGUGUUUCCGAUUCGAUGGUUGUAAAUAAUUCCAAUAUAUUUUUACAAAAGAGGUAGUUAUUUAAUUUUUGUUUAGUUUAGAUGAUUUUGAGAGAAGGUAGUGAUUAUUUUGUAAUGUAAUCUUUUCGAAAAUAGUGAGAUUUUUAGAUGUGUCUUUUGAUGAGUAAUGUCCAAGAAUAUCACUCGUUACACUUGCAUUAUGUGUAGCUAAUUGUGUAUCAAAUGUUCUGAAGAGGGUAGGUGUUGUAACAAAAAGGUUUAUUACUUUGCCCAAAAAAUUCAACAUCCCUCUGAAACUACCCAUAUUACAUAUUAUACAUUUGCAAGAAACAGUAAAAAAAAAUAUUUAAAUGGAGUUCUAUAAAUUUACAAAAAAUUAACACUUUUUUAUUUAUCCCUCAAAAAUGUUGAUAAAUUAGAAUACCUAACCUACGCCUUUCUCGCAACAAUUUGUAAAUUCUCAUAAAUUUAUUGAAAUAUAGUAUGUUAUGGUUAUUUUAUAUUAUCUUCUAUGUGUUAGGAUAUAAAAAAACUUGUGCCUGUAUUCUAAGUCUGGUGCAGUCAGUCACAAAAGUACAAAACACGAAUCAAAUAUAUUGAUAGUUUAUCUUUAGCAUGGUUCCUAAGAAUGUAUACUGGUCAAUGGGUUUGCGUUGAGGACAGAGGUACCUAAUGUAGAUGACAGGUCGACAUGGCAAUUCUCUAGUGACGUGACGUUUUCAAUAUCGAUAUAUUUUUAUUAUGUAUGUAACAAAAUGUGAAUAAAAUAAUACCACGUUUUCAUUUAAGUUAAUAUUUAUUCAUCUGAAUCAUCUAACGUAUCGGUACAAAAACUUAAAGAAUCUUCGUCACUGGUAUCUUCGACUUUUAUAAUAAAAUCUUCCAUUUCAUUUUCCAUUCCCAUGUCUUUUUCCCAAUAUUCAUUUUCAAGGUUCUGGACAUGUUUUUCGAAAUUGCUCCAGUUUUCUGCCAUUUUUAAAUCACAAUAGUAAUAAAUUAUGUGAGCGAGAUUAUAAUCGAUAAACGCGGUCGAUACGGACUCGUGCGACACUAAGACUAAGACGCCGCGGGGACUGUGCGGGUGUGCGGGGCGACCCCGCCUCCGCGGCUCACCUCAUGCCCCGAUUGCCAUGUCGACCUGUCGUCAACAGUAUAUGAUUAUGAUAAAAAUGGGGUUUAUAAGUUUAUGAUUUAUUUCCUGGGGGCUAAAAAGGCUACUUCGAAGCAUACAAAUAUCUAAUAGCAAUAUUGCUUUUUAGAUGAAUUGCUUUGAUGUGGCAUUUUUCAACCCUCUAUUUAUUUAUAGUUUUUAAUUUUAUGAUAUAGCUUGUAAAUGUAUUCCUAAAAAGUCUAUCUUAAUUUUUAAUGUAGAUAAUGAACUGUACUUGUGAAGGUGUCUGAUUGCACCAAGAAACAAAAUAUUCGCUUCAUUGUCAUUGCUGUAUGUUUUUGUACUAUGAUCCAUUUAAUCACAUAUAUUUAAGAUCGUGAUAAUAAUAUUCAUGUAAAGUAUAUGAAAGAAUUGACGUUAGUUUACACAGUCCAUAGUGCUGAUUCCAGUACACACCAUCUAAUUUUUGGCGACUGCUUUACCAAAUGCGCCGUUUAGAAGAUAGAAGCAGACUUCAAAUUAUGCAUCUCUUUUAAUAGCUAACCUAGUUCGCAUGUGUGUGUGACAGCUUCGUGUUUGUACACAAAUUGAAAUGACACCAACUUUUGAUGCAAUGUUUCAAUAUGAUAUCUGCAGUAAAUAUUUCAAAAUUGUGGCUUAAGUUAAAGAUAAUGUAUGUGAGAUUUCGCCAACUAACAUUUCACCGGGUCAGAAAUCAACACUAAACGAAUAAAUGGAAAAAAAUACGAAAACUGCAGAAGUAACGCCAUCUGCUGACGCAGCGUUACCUAGCCGACUGAAACGCAUCACCUUAAACCUGUCAUUUUCUUAUCCGCCGAAAAGGAAAGGGACAGAUGAUUGACGGCUGACGGCUGUUAAUUUUAAAAUGAAUGAGUGAAUGAAUGGAUAAUCCGGGCGAAUCAAAUAGAUAUCUCGCUGGUAUGCAAUUUUGUGCGGUUAUUAGCCGAUGUAAAAUGUUUAGAGGGUUGUUUUAUAUUUCUGCCUAAAAUUGACGAGUGUUCCAUAAUUUUUAUGCCUGUUGAUAACCCGUCCCUUUCCUUUUCGGCGUAAUAGAAACUGACAGAUAUAACUUAAAAUAAAAUUAGAUGGUGUGUACUGGAUUCAGUACAUAUGUCUGUAAAAAUAGUUAUCAAUAUUGACUAAAUACUGGAAGGAUCUUUCAAAUAAAAAUAUUAGGAAUUUCAAAUAAAUGUUGUAUACCAAUAUUGUAGAUUGUUACAUCUUAUACCGGGGUGAUUCAGGUCUGAGAAUGGGAUAGACUUCAAAUUAUGGAGAUACAUAGUAGGUUCUACUUUGUUUUUCCAUAUUAUGCAAAGUUGUUUCAAACUUCUUGCAUUAACCUCAUUCAUCCUUGGCAUUAAAUGAAUACGUUGGAUUCUAUUUGCAAUUUUUUUCUAGUAUUUGACUCAAUCAUAUCAUUAUAAAUCAUCUUGAUCAAACCCAUAUUGGAAACAUUUUGAAAAAACUUGUUACGAUCUGUUCGGUUACAGAGUUGUUAAAAUUAAAUUGAAUAUUCUAUA